CAGGCCCGGCCGCCAAGGCUUCGACAAGGGGCGGGGGAGCAGACGGAGAGAGCGCACUGGCGACGGCGGAAGUGACGAAGAGGCGUAGUUCGCUACGUGCAGCGACGUGGCGGCGAGGCCGGCGCCUGGCGGCGGAAGUGGCUCCCGCGCUGGGACUUGAGUGUUUGUGUUUUGGUUCGCGACGGAGCCGCCGGCUGGUCCGAGGGGAGGAGGCAGAGGAGGGAGGAGGAGGAAGAAUUAGUCGGAACUCGAGCGCCGGCGGUGGCGGAGGAGGAGAAAGGAAAAGAGGAAGGCGGAGCGGAGAGAGGCGGAGACGGAGCCGGACGGGGGCGGCACCACGGCACGAUCCCGGCACCGUCCAGUCUGAGGGGAGCGGCCUGAGGAGGAGACGCGCCGCCGCCGUCUAAGCCACAGCCUCACCCUCUCCUCGGGCCACGCCUGGGACCUGCUGCUGGGAGGCUUCAGCCCCGCUGCUCCGCGUGCUGCGGUCUCAGGUUUCUCUACAUCCAGAAAGAAAAAAAUUUGACACCUUGCAUCCUGGAAGUUCAUUUAAAAGACUGAAAUUAGGGACUUCUUUCAAAUUUGGACAUGGCUAAUCGAGGAGCAACAAGACCCAACGGGCCAAAUACUGGAAAUAAAAUAUGCCAGUUCAAACUAGUACUUCUGGGAGAGUCUGCUGUUGGCAAAUCAAGCCUAGUGCUUCGUUUUGUGAAGGGCCAGUUUCAUGAAUUUCAAGAGAGUACCAUAGGGGCUGCUUUUCUAACCCAAACUGUGUGUCUUGAUGACACAACAGUAAAGUUUGAAAUAUGGGAUACAGCUGGUCAAGAACGAUACCAUAGCCUAGCACCAAUGUACUACAGAGGAGCACAAGCAGCCAUAGUUGUAUAUGAUAUCACAAAUGAGGAGUCCUUUGCCAGAGCCAAAAACUGGGUUAAAGAACUUCAGAGGCAAGCCAGUCCUAACAUUGUAAUAGCUUUAUCAGGAAACAAGGCUGACCUUGCAAAUAAAAGAGCUGUCGAUUUCCAGGAAGCACAGUCCUAUGCAGAUGACAACAGUUUAUUAUUCAUGGAGACAUCAGCUAAAACAUCAAUGAAUGUAAAUGAAAUAUUCAUGGCAAUAGCUAAAAAGUUGCCAAAGAAUGAACCACAGAAUCCAGGAGCAAAUUCUGCCAGAGGAAGAGGAGUAGACCUUACUGAACCCACGCAGCCAACCAGGAGUCAGUGUUGUAGUAACUAAACCUCCAGUUUGAACUUGCUGGAAUACUCUUCUGCUUCCUCAAUGUUAAUGACAGUGGAAUUGGAGCAUUUAACCAGCCCAGUAUGACUUCCAAAAAGAAGAGACUUAUGAUAGAGUCAAGUUUCUAAUACAGAAUUAUUUUAAGUGUUUUGAACUUAAUUUUUAAUAACAUGCAUGUGACCCUCUGACUAAUGUUUCAGAAGUAGAAAGGGGGGAUGAGAGCUGUGUGUGUAUGCUUGUUUCCUUGGACGGUUAGGGGGAAUCAUUUCUCAUCACCAGGGAUAGAGACAAAUGAUGAUGAAAACCCACAGUUAACCAGCCACUUCUAUGAAAAAGAUUUGGAACUUCUUAAUUUGGGCUUUUCAGAAAACAUUCUUGUUUUAGAAGGAGAUUCUAAGGAUAUUUAUGCUUAGCUAUGGUAUUCAGGCAACUGGUAAUUUCUCUUAGUAUGCAUAUUUAAAAUGUACAUUCCACAUUUUAACAAAUUAACCACAAGAAAACAGUGCCACAUCUUUAGUGAAAGGGUGAAAAAAAUGAACAUUAGUGGCAUCUAAAUUAUAGCCGUCCUGGUAUUUUUAGUGGGGUAAAAAAAGUCAAAUAUAAUCUCUUGUUUUAGGAAUAUGAAAACUGAUCUUAAUGGAUAGUGUUCCCUUCAAACAUGUGAGCUCUUCAACAGAAAUGAAACAAACCAGGUGUCUGUGAUUUCUGUUCAAUCACUGCUGGCCAUUACAUAGGUUUUGUUGUUUGGGGGCAGGGAGGGGGCUUUCGUUCCCUUUGGACGUAAUAUAGUCAAUGCACUAACAAUUAUGUACAUUCAAACUUGAUUAUUUUAAAUUUGAUCCUCAGCUGUACUGUAAAUAGGGUACUGCACUGUAGUCUCCAUAUAUGUUUAUUACUUCUUCUGUAAUAUUUAAGAGUUGCUUAAAAGUAUACAAAAUGUACAGUUACUAAAACAGCUAAUUUUACCUUUUCUCUCCCUUUGAAAGGAAGGGGCUCCAGUUGUUCCUACAUGGCUAGAACCAUAAUAAACAAUGUACCAGUAAUUUGUAACAUAAAUAUUGCCGUAUGUUAGUAACAAUCUUGCAGCCUUGUUUUCCAAAGUUCAUUUUAUUUUGAUCAGUUCAGUAUAUUGCACUAAUUGUUUUAGGUAUUUUCAUUAUAUGAAAUCUACCACGUGUCAGAGAUGAUUUAAUCUAUUUAAGUGUUGAACUGCUAGCAGAACUUGUACAUUUACAGUAAUUCAGAAUUAGUAAGGAAAACAGUUCACCAGUGUUUAGUUUUAUAUUGAGGUGCUCAGGUUGGAAUAAAGUGGUAUAAAA